AUGGCAUCUUGUUGGAGAAGCCAGGAGGAGCAGGUUGCCAAGAAGAAGGCAGAGAAGAUCCGUGUGGCUUUGGAGAAGAUCAAGGAGGCCCAGGUUAAAAAGCUGGUGAUCAGAGUGCACCUGUCAGAUGAGAGCUCUAAAACCAUGAUGGUGGACGAGAGACAGACUGUCAGACAGGUUCUGGACAGCUUGUUGGACAAGUCCCACUGUGGCUACAGUCCUGACUGGUCCCUGGUCGAGACCAUCAGCGAACUACAGAUGGAACGUAUCUUUGAGGACCAUGAGAACCUGGUGGACAGCCUUCUGAACUGGACCAGAGACAGUCAGAACAGACUGAUGUUUAUAGAACGCAUAGAGAAGUACGCCCUCUUCAAGAACCCUCAGAACUAUUUGUUGGGGCGGAAGGAGACGUGUGAGAUGGCAGACCGGAACAAGGAGGCUCUACUGGAG